ACAAUAAAACAGAAAUCAAAGGUUUUAACUGGAUCUAGGGAUCAGAAACCAAAGAAACGCUCAUUAAAAGAGUGAGAAUCAGAACACGUUUAAGAGUUUGAGCUACCGGUGAAUUUAAAAGUAGUUUAUAGUCAGAUGGACUAUCGGAAAAUCACCAAAUUGGUAGCUUUGCUUUCCUGAUGCGGGAAAUCUAAUCGCUGUGGAGUCAGUGAGGAAACGCUGGAGCAGAGCAAACAGCUGACUGUACCUCUGUUGACACUCCAUCAUCCAGGACUGUUCACCAGCAACCAGUAUGAGUAUGGAACUCGAACUGAAGAAUGUGGAUUUGAGAGCCGGAGAUGAGCUGAAAAUAAAAGGGGUAAUUCUGCAUGAUGCAGAGAGAUUCCAGAUUGAUCUCGGCUGUGAUGCAGAUGACCUGGCACUGCACUUCAAUCCUCGUUUCCAUGAUGACACUGAUGGUGCUGUGCUGGUGUGCAACUCAAAGAUUGCUGGUUGCUGGGGCGAUGAAAAACGGGAAAUUCACAACCCUCUACAGAGGGGUGCUGAUGUCAAGAUUGUGUUGAAACUGGCUGAAGACACGUUUGAAGUGGAACUUCCUGAUGGACAGGAAGUCCAGUUUCCAAAUCGUGUUGGUAUGGGUACCAUCAGCUACAUCAGAGUCACAGGAGACUUUAAACUGAAAUCCUUCAAGAUCUGCUAAGAGAUACAACUGUAAACAGAUGCUGUGUUUAACACUUUAGUUAUAGAUGAGUUUUGACUGUCUGAAUGUUAUUCUUACAAUAAGAGUCAGUUAUUGACUGAAGAAUCAUUAAGAGAUAAAGAGAAAUUAAUACAUUUAAGUGGAUUAAAAUGUCCUG